AUGGCGGCAAGGGCGCAGCCGCCCUUGCGGCAGACCUCCCGGAGGUUCUACUUGGAGGUCGAUAAUCAUGAGAUUGCCCCUGACGGGUACUGUUGGAUCUCUGAGCAGUCGGCAGAAAAGGUGGAUCUGGAAGGCGGUAUGGGCACUUACAAACGACCCCUUACAUACCACUUCUGAGAGGCCGUGGGCUCUGCCCACAACCUCCUCCUUCCACCUCAAGACGCAGCAAUAAUAGACCAUUAUUGACACUUCGUUCCAACCGUACGGUUGC